AUGGCGUCGUAAAUGUCUUAUUUAAACUGAAUGUUAUCACGUCAGUUCCAUUUGAAUAGUUUAGGGUUAAUAAAUCAAAUCUGUGUGGAGCUGAUUUAUACUUCAGCUUAUUCAAUCAAAAAGUAAACGGCCAGAAGCGUCUCGCGGGCGCCCUCUGUCGGUGAGUCCGGUCUCUGCAGCGGGAGCGGCGCGGAGCAGAACAGCCGAACCGAGCCGAUUCCGCUCUGAAUCAUGUCCGACGACGAGCAGCUGCCGUCCGGAUGGGAGAAGCGCAUGAGCCGGAGUUCAGGGCGAGUGUAUUACUUCAAUCACAUCACGAAUGCGAGUCAGUGGGAGCGUCCGAGCGGAUCGGGGGCCGACGGGGUCAGUGAGGUGGAGAAGGUGCGCUGCUCUCAUCUGCUGGUCAAACACAACCAGUCACGCCGACCGUCCUCCUGGAGAGAGGAGAACAUCACACGCAGCAGAGACGAGGCACUGGAGCUCAUCCACAAGUACAUCGAGCAGAUCAAGUCUGGCCAGGAGGACUUUGAGAGUUUGGCGUCUCAGUUCAGUGACUGCAGCUCGGCGAGGAACGGAGGAGACCUGGGCUUGUUUGGGAGAGGUCAAAUGCAGAGGCCGUUUGAAGACGUCUCGUUCGCGCUGAAGGUCGGAGACAUGAGCGGCCCAGUGUUCACCGACUCUGGAGUUCACAUCAUCCUGAGAACCGGAUAACUUCACGAUCAUCCGCUCAUCCCGCAGAUAACACACACAUUACACACACUAUCCCAGGAUCC